CUCACGCGCACGGCCCAUCACCAAAAUGGUUCUCAUAGGAUUCGUUGACGCCUUGGCCGUUGCGCUACUAAUGUGUAUAUUGGCACGGUUCGUGGCAGGCAGACGCCGAAAACAUCUACCACCCGGUCCCUCCGGCUGGCCUCUGAUAGGCAAUGUCCUCGGUAUGCCCACGUCGCAUGAAUGGCAGACGUUCGCAAAAUGGGGAGAGAAGUGGGGAGACGUCAUCUCUAUCACUCUGCUUGGCCAGCCAGUGGUCAUCCUCAACUCAUCGCAUGCUGCCGUUGAUAUGUUGGACAAGAAAAGUGCCAUCUACUCUGACAGGCCAACAUUCCCUGUAUGUGGUCAAGUAAUCGGGUAUGACCGCACGUUGGUGCUCCUCCAUUACGGUCCUGUCUGGCGGGAGACUCGUCGACUCUUCUCCAAGACGAUCGGGACCCGUGACAGUCUAAUGCAUCUAUCUGAUCGUCUAGAACGCGGAGGUCAUCGUUUCUUGACUCGUCUCAUGGCACAGCCGGAGACAUUGUUCCAGCAAGUGCGCGGUUUCACAGGCGCCUCCAUUCUGAGCAUUGCAUAUGGGUACAACGUCGAGCGAGAAGACGAUGAACUUAUCCGACUCGUUGACAAGGCCGUGGAAGAGUUCUCGUUGGCGUCUGCUCCCGGCGCGUAUUUCGCUGAUGCCCUGCCCAUUCUUAUAAGAGUGCCUGCAUGGCUUCCUGGUGCAGGGUGGAAAAGACGGGCAUUGGCCUGGCGUAGAGACCUCGAGGCCAUGUGCGACUUGCCGUUCAACCAUACCAAGCAACAAAUGAAGACAGGCAAAGCGUCACCCAGCUUCGUCUCCAUGAAUCUAAUCCCAGAUACUGAUUCUGGACGCGAAUUCCUUGUUAAAAGUGCUGCUGCGUCACUGUACAGCGCCGGCGCUGACACCACAGUAUCAGCCAUUUGCUCGUUUUUCCUAGCAAUGAUGUGUUUUCCGGGCGCACAGAAGAAAGCACAGGCCGAGAUCGACAGAGUUGUUGGGAACGACCGGCUCCCAAGGCUCAAUGACCGCGACGAACUGCACUAUGUCAGGGCGCUCAUCUGGGAGGUCUUGCGAUGGCAGCCAAUUGGUCCGCUCGGGGUCCCGCACCGCCUGACUGAGGACGACACGCAUGCGGGGUACUUCUUGCCGAAAGGGACAAUAGUCAUCGCCAACAUCUGGAGGAUGCUUCGUGAUCCUUCACGGUAUCCGAACCCAGAGGUGUUCAAUCCGGACCGCUUUCUACCUUCGAACGACGCAGAACCUGAGUAUGAUCCUCGGCAUAUCGUGUUCGGAUUCGGAAGACGCGUAUGCCCAGGCUCACAACUUGCCGAAACAUCUCUCUUCCUCAUUUGUGCUUUGUCUCUGGCUGUCUUCGAUAUAGCUAAGCCUAUCGUCGACGGGAACGUGGUUGAACCUUCGCUGGAGUACACGACGGGAACGAUCAGUCAUCCGGUACCAUUUGAAUGCUCAGUCAAACCUCGCUCAGCUAAAGCUUCCGCGCUCGUCGCAGCAGCAAUGAGCGACAGUGUCUUCUGAGGUCAUGUCUUCGCUGUUACCCAUGUAUUCCUUUAUUCGUUCAUGUCGGCAGGCUACGUUAGGCGGUUAUCUUGAGAAGACCUGGUGGACGCUUGCGGCAUUGUGUGCGUGGGUUCAGCUUGUGUUAUAUCCGACAUUGCGGUGGAGCUCCACCAUUAUGCGCAGCUGCAUCACGCCGCUUCAGCCCCUAUCUUGUCCCAUGUCCGUCCGCGCACAGGAAUGCUUAUGGUCUAUCAGACUCAGACUGAAAGAUAAAUCUUC